AUGAUUCGAAGAAAAACGGUAGCGAUUUGUGUUUGUGUGCUGCUAGGGCUGGCUGCGGCCGAACGGCCCCAGUGGCGCAAACUGGACGGGGAUCUUGCCCCGGAGCCGGAAAUCGAACUCCUGCAAGCGGUUGACGAGUCCUACAGGCUACCGAGCGUAUCCGUUCCAACGCAUUACAAUCUGAAUCUGAGGACGGCCAUUCACGAGAAUGAUCGCAUAUUCAAAGGGACAGUGGAAAUCUUUCUGAGAUUGUUGGAACCAUCGAGCACAAUCACGCUGCAUAACCGUCAGCUAAGUAUAUGGAAAGUUUCCUCCCAUACAGUUUCCCCAGAGGGGCGAGUAGUUUUCCUAAACUACCCGGAGUUCGCAACCGACCCGACGACCGAGCAUCUGGUUAUAACUUUCAACGGCGAGCUACCGGAAGGAACCUACAUGAUUAAGGUAGAGUUUGAAGGUAGACUUCAGAAUAAUAACAACCAAGGUUUCUUUGCUUCAUCCUAUGUGGACAAUGAAAACAAGCGCCACUACGUGGCUUCAACUAAGUUCGAACCUACGCACGCAAGGUCUGCUUUUCCGUGCUAUGAUGAGCCAAAACUUAAAGCAACUUUUGAGCUAACGAUAGCGCACUCGAAGAACUACGAAGCCAUUUCUAAUAUGCCCAGGAAUUCGAUAGUCAGGGAGGAUCCGGAUGACCCGACCUAUGUGAUUACCACCUUCCCGGCGUCGACUAAAAUGUCCACGUAUCUGCUGGCUUUCGCGGUGACCAAUUUCGCUAGACGAAGUAGCGGAAUUAAUUCGGUUUACGCACGGCCUAAUGUUUACGAUGAAACCGAAUAUCCGCUGCAGGCAGGUGAAGAUAUCCUGAACGCUCUCUCCGAUUAUACGGGUGUACGGUACACCGAUUACAUGCCCAAAAUGACACAGAUUGCCAUCCCGGACCGAGGCUCGGGUGCAAUGGAGAACUGGGGUCUGGUGGCUUAUGGCGAACCUGUCUUGUUAUUCAAUCCGGCGAUAAACACUUAUCGCAAUAAGAAGAGUGUCACGACAAUUAUUGCGCAUGAAUUCGCCCAUCAAUGGUUCGGCAAUUUGGUCAGCCCCGACUGGUGGGAUUAUAUUUGGCUGAACGAAGGAUUUGCUACCGUUUACGAGUAUUACGCAGCACAGCUCGCCUAUCCGGAGGACCGGUACUGGGAUUUGUGGGGCGUUGAGGUUAUACAGAAUGCCUUUAGCGCCGACGCUCGGCAGAGCGUUCGACCGAUGACCUGGAAUGCGGCCAGUCCCAGUGAGAUAGCGGCGUUGUUCGAUACCGUGGCGUACGAUAAAGCUGGUAGUGUGUUGAACAUGUUCCGAGUUGUUUUCCAGGAUGACAACUGGAGGGAAGGUUUGGUGACGUAUUUUGCGAACAGAGAACUGGACAGCGCCGUGGCUGAUCAUUUAUCCGAAGCUCUCCAGGGAGCAGUGAAUGGGAAGAACAUUUUACCGAAUGGUCUCACUGUUAAGCAAGCAAUGGACUCGUGGACAACUGAACCCGGUUUUCCGCUGCUUACCGUUCGCCGAGAUUACAAAAACGGACAAAUCUAUUUAACACAAGAACGGUUCUAUAGCGAUCGACGGCUACCGGGAGAUCACGUUUAUCACAUUCCGUACAACUACGCCAAGCAAUCAAAGCCUGACUUCCCAACGCUCAACUUUGAUUGGCUAUCCUCGAAGACGGCUAAGCUGGCUACGGAUGCGGCCGCCAACGAAUGGAUCAUCUUCAACAAACAACAAACCGGAUACUAUCGAGUCAACUACGACUUAGAAAACUGGCAGCUGAUCAUCAGUUCACUGCUGCAGGACCAUUCCACAAUCCACGUUCAGAACCGUGCCCAACUAAUUAACGACGCGUACAACCUAGCCCGGGCGGAUCGCCUAGAUAUGGCAGUAGCCCUUCAGCUGAUGACCUACCUCAAGAAAGAGUACGAGUAUCCACCAUGGGCCGCCGCAGGUACCGUGCUCACAUACUUCAACAACAAACUGCGAGGAACGGAACAGUACCCCAAUUUCGUCGCCUACGUCCGCGAGAUCCUGAUCCCGGUCUACAUGAACCUCCCGGUGGACGUUGUCAGUGACACCGACACUCUUCUCGGUAAAUAUCUACGACAAAGCAUCUCGACUUGGGCUUGCCGUAUCGGCCACGAGGACUGCCUAACACGCAUGAAAAACGUACUAAACCGGGCAGUGGAAAACAACACACCCGUACAUCCGGAUAUUGCCAGUGUCGCCUAUUGCUACGGUUUACACGACGCUUCCGAAAAGGAGUUCGUGUGGCUGUACCAAAAGAUGCUUGCAUCGAAGAAUCAGGCCGAACGAGCACUUCUGAUUGAUUCUCUGGCCUGUUCGCAGAACAAAGCCCAUCUCAAAGAUUUCCUGAUGACUUCGACCGGUUCCGGUGCCACGUUCAACUAUCUGGAAACGGAACGAACGCGCAUCAUAUCCGCCGUUUACACGGCCAGCCGGGUUGGCGUUGAUGCGCUGAUCGAGUUCCUCUCGGAUGACGACCUGAUCGACGAAGUCAUCGCUCGGUUGGGACAAAGUGUUGUCGAAAACGCAGUCGUAAACAUCGCCUCGCGUACUAACAACGAGCUCGAGCUAGCGCAACUGAACGGUCUGCUGCAAAAGUUGACGGGCAAGAUCGGUAGCGGUACGAUCGCUUCCGUCGUAACGGCCUACACUAGCAACGUAGGUUGGUUCAACACACUGGAAGGGCUGAUCGCCGGAGAGUUCUUCGAGAAAUACACACCAGUAGCAUAG